AUGUCAACUCCACAACUGUUGGAACACGUGAGGGAGACGUCGCGUCUUCUUGCCUCGGAGACACACCUCCCACGAGAGGAGGUGCAGGCAGCCUUUGAGACCAUCCGCCUCACUGAGGCGGGAUACGAGGUGAUGUACACAGUCACGGUUGACGACGGUCGCGACUCGCGGCGGGUGCUCCUCUGCCAUGGUGUCAAUGAGGCAGAAAAAGUGCAAGCGUCUUUCGACGAGGCCCGCUUCGACGUCUACGCGCUGCAGAAGCAAGGCAAUACAGUGAAGUUUGCGCCGUGGCGGUCAACGCCUUCGUUGGUACCCUCCGAUGCCGUCAUGCGGCGGGAGUACCGCGUGGUGACGCGAGAAGAGGCGGCGUCGCGUCUUGAGGGCGGCGGCGAGACGCAGACGUCGCUGGAGACGGCAGCUGCAUCUUUGAAGAGCAGUGCGGGGCCGACAGAAUGUGGGACGCAACCGCAGGCGAAACCCGCGACUGUCGGCAAUGAGAUUGUGGAGACCAAGCAGCAACCGCAGGAGUCAUCACGCGAGUCUCAGCAGCCAAAUUUAACGAGUUUGGAAUCGUUUUUGAAAACACCACUGAGUGGUGCCAAACGCACCCGAGCGGCAGACGGCGCAAAAAGACAGGCUGAUGCAAAGCCAAAGAAGCCCCGCGUUACGAACCGAAAAAAUGGGAACGCUGAAGGGACCCAGAGUCUCAUGAAGUUGGCUAAGGCGUCAGCGAAGAAAAAGAAGGAUUCCAAUGGAUCUUUAGACAGAAGUGUGCCUACACCUGCAGCAGCCUGCGCCUCAAUGCAGCACAAUCUCCUUGACGAGGAUGAUGAGGCGGUGGAUCGUAGCAGCAGCAGCAGCAGCAGCAGCAGCAGCUCGCGCGGGAGUUUUGUACGCCGUGAUGAGGCGCUUUUGAAUGAGGAUCUCCCUGCUAUUGAUGUCGCCGUCUUUGCACGGGAGAACGAUGGCAUAAUCCUCUGCGACGAUGCGCCGCCGAUGGUCUUUUGCGCUCCGGGGCCUGCCGCCGGUGCGUUAAAAAAGGAACAACAAAAACAACUCACUCAGUGGCAACAGGAGAGCAUGGGCUCUGCGACUCAGGCGAAGCUGACAGGGUUUUUUCAGCCUGGGGUCAUCGACUUCCAGAAGCAGUACGUUCGUGAGAUGGAGACCGACAUGGUAAUUAAGGACGGUGAAUACAUCUGCAAAGAUGUGGUGUGCUUCCGCCAUAAGGGGACCAAUGAAGUUAUUUCACAGGAGGAGUUUCACAGGCGCAGCAGUGAGAUUAUGCGCGGCCUUCGUUCUGACACUCAGAGCGGUAGUCCCAGUGAAAGUACGCUUGCUGACCAGGGUAGUCCUUCUUCCCCCACUGGUAAUGCGAAGUUUACGGCAGUGGAGGCGGCAAAACGUAGCAGGCCGCCUAAGAUAGAGAAACAGCUACGCUCACAACCUAAAACACUAUUCGCUUAUUUUAAGCCUGCCUCCUCGUGA